AUGGAAUUCGGAGGAGGAAAUGGAGGCUUCCAUGGCUACCGCAGGGUUCUGCGACAGAACAGCUCAGCCGGUACAAAAGCACCAGAGAUGCCUCCUCAGAUGAACCAUACUACAAACACCAGUGAUGACACUGAAUGCACCGUUCGGGAGCAAGAUCGCUUCAUGCCAAUAGCAAACGUCAUCAGAAUCAUGCGUAAGAUCCUCCCUACACAUGCAAAAAUAGCGGACGAUGCUAAGGAAACUAUCCAGGAGUGCGUUUCUGAAUUCAUUGGGUUCAUCACUAGCGAAGCUAAUGAUCGUUGCCAGAGGGAGCAACGCAAGACCAUCACUGCUGAAGAUGUUCUUUGGGCCAUGAGCAAGCUAGGAUUUGAUGACUACAUUGAGCCACUGACUCUGUACCUGCAUCGCUAUCGGGAGUAUGAUGGCGGCGAACGUGGCUCGUUGACUGGUGAGCUACUGGUGAAGAGGGCAGCAGCCGAUCCAGGUGUUUAUGGGUACAUGACGUUUCCACCGGUGCCUUUCCCAAUGGCUCCACACCAUGGAUUCUUUGGAGCUCCUCCGAUGAUUGGUUUCCUCAAGGAUCCAUCAAAUGCUGGUCCAUCCCAGGCUGUGGCUGGCAUUGAUCCCUCUCCCCACCGUAAGGAGCAGGUUUAG